UUUAUUAUUUUUGGUCCUCUCAAAUAACUACCGGUCACUGCGCAUUGGAAUCUAUGAAGUGUAACGUCAAUAAACUCUACGCAGCAGAACCACCUAUGGUCUAAUAGCUUAAUAACAUUUAACGCGAAAUAUUUCAUGUAUGAUCAAGUUGAAUUGUGGCAACAAACAACGUCAGUGCCUCAGUAACGUUCAAAGGGAAAGUGUUGUGUUACGGAACCGCGCGCGUCACUGUCCCCCGUUUUGUUUUAGCAUAUUUUUUUGUUGUUUCAAGAUGCGUAUAAUGCUGCUCAUAUUUUGCGGUGCCUUAUUAAUAGUGGUGCCAUCUAUGUGUCGUCCCUACGAUCCCGAAGACAAAAGCUUAAAAGAUGUCCUGCCAUCUAGCGGACAGUUCGAAGCGUUUUAUCCACGAGAAACACACGGCAUACCAAACGGGUCGUCGAGACCUGCUCAUGGACAUGGUAGUUUCUACAACUACCGCAACCCGGCGCUGGUGGAUGUGAAGAACGCGCCCGCCUACGGUUUUCGUUUCGAUGGAAUGCGAAGAUUUAACUUUGACGAAGAGAAUGACGAUCAGGAAGAGUAAAAAUAGAAUCUGUAAAUGUAAUAAUAAUGGUUUCAUAAUAUUUUGCUUCUUCUGCUAUAUAAUAUCCCCAAUACAGCAGUACAUAUUUUUGCACUAUCAAUCUAAAUUAGGCCUUUAAAAAAAAUUGAUUCGUUGUGUCAGUCUUUACUCAAGUAUAGAUUGUUUGUACCAAACUUAAUAAUAAUGAUAUGUAUUAAAUUACCGAAUUAUUUAUGAAAAAGAUAUUAAAGAUCUUAAACCAU